GAGACACGGGGCUGGGAGGGGCCGGGGCGAAGCGGCUGGUCCCCCGGGAGCCGGGUAGCCCAACCCCGGCCGGACACGGAGCACCGGGGCUGGAGCCGAGAACCUGAACCCGGAGCUUGCUCGCCAGAGCUGGGCCCUGAACACGGGGCGCUGGGCCCAGAGCCGCCCCCUGGGUCGGGGGGUGCAGGUGCAGGGCACCCUCCCCCCUCACUGACUUCCCUGGGUGCCCACCAGGAGGCAGCCCCCCCAGCCAGGGAGCCCGCGGCCCCACACCCCCAGCCCUGGGCCAGCCCAGAAGCCGCCCACCCUGCCGCGCCAUGGGGAAGAUGCUACCAGCCGAGGAAGCCGCCCGGAUCUACCACACCAACUACGUGCGGAACGCCCGGGCCAUGGGGGUGCUGUGGGCGCUCUUCACCCUCUGCUUCGCCAUCGUCAUGGUGGUGAGCUUCAUCCAACCCUACUGGAUCGGUGACAGCAUCGACACCCCGCAGGCCGGCUACUUCGGCCUCUUCUCCUACUGCAUUGGCAACGCCCUGACCGGCGAGCUCAUCUGCAAGGGCAGCCCCCUGGACUUCGGCACCAUCCCCUCCAGUGCCUUCAAAACGGCCAUGUUCUUCGUGGGCAUCUCCACCUUCCUCAUUAUCGGCUGCAUCCUCUGCUGCAGCCUGUUCUUCUUCUGCAAUUCAGCCACCGUCUACAACAUCUGUGCCUGGAUGCAGCUGGCGGCAGCGGCCGGCCUAAUGAUAGGUUGCCUGAUCUACCCAGAUGGUUGGGAUUCCAAUGAAGUGAAGCGCAUGUGCGGGGACAAAACUGACAAAUACACGCUAGGGGCGUGCACCGUGCGCUGGGCCUUCAUCCUCUGCAUUAUUGGGAUCCUCGACGCCCUCAUCCUCUCCUUCCUGGCCUUUGUUCUAGGGAACCGGCAAGAUAAUCUCCUCCCAGAUGAUUUCAAAGUAGAAAAUAAAGAGGAGGGCCAUGAAUGAAGAAGCUGACCACAGGACAUCUAGAGCCCCUCUAGGUAACUACCAGAAACUUGAUGCUUUUCUUAUAGGUCAUUUUGAAGUAACUCUAUUCUCCCUAAAAAUUUCUUGAAAAGAUUCCAUGCAAGGGGCUGCUGGAGAUUCGACUCCCUCAUGGUGUUUAUUUGGAUGGAGGGACCCAAUCAAUUAUAGAAGGGGGAAUAGGAGGGAGGAGCUAGUAUGUGCUUUAGCUACUUACAGUCACAUUUUGUACUGGCUUGUUGCAAAAAAAAAAAAAUUGCAGAAUAAAAGGCAAAGUUGCAGUGUU